AUGGCACCUUCUGACGAUUUUCUGGGUGUGCCCGGCUAUUGGACGCUCGAAGACCUUGCGCGUUCCGGCCAGGUGGUCAUGUUCGAGUGCAGCCAUUGCACGCACACCAAGAUCCUCGACAUUCCGGCGCUCGCCCGCAAGCACGGGCCGCAGACGCGGGUCAAUUUUUUCAAGCGCAACAUGCCCUGCCCCCGGUGCGGCAAGACCGGUAUGGCGGAUGGCCCCGUGUUGCAAUCGCCCAAGACCGCCGAGCGCCGAUUUCAGCUCGUUCUGAUCAAGCCGUCGCACUAUGGCGAGGACGGCUAUGUAAUCCGCUGGUGGCGGUCGAUCAUCCCGUCCAAUUCGCUGGCUGCGGUCUACGGCAUCGCCGCCGAAUGCGCCGAGGCCAAAGCGCUUGGGCCGGACACCCAGAUCGACAUCGACGCGAUGGACGAGACCAAUACGCGCAUCGAUGUCGACGGGCUGGUCAAGCGGUUCGCCGACAACAACAAUUUCGGCAUGGUGGCGCUGGUCGGCGUUCAGUCCAACCAGUACCCCCGUGCACUUGAUUUGGCCCGGCAGUUCCGCGCCGCCGGCAUCCAGGUGGCGAUGGGCGGGUUUCACGUAUCCGGUUGCCUUGCCAUGCUCGAUGGCCACGCGGUCGAUCUCGACGCAUGCCGCGAUCUGGGCGUUUCGAUGUUCACCGGCGAAGCCGAGGGCCGGUUCGACACGAUCCUGUCGGACGCGGCGCAGGGCCGUCUCCAGCCCCUCUAUGACUAUAUGAACGAUCUGCCCGGCAUCGAGGGGACGCCGGCACCCUUCCUGCCCAAGCGCUAUGUCGAACGCACCGUCGGCCAUUCGACCAGCUUCGAUGCCGGCCGGGGGUGCCCCUACCAGUGCUCCUUCUGCACCAUCAUCAAUGUGCAGGGCCGCAAGUCGCGUUACCGGUCGGCCGACGAUGUCGAGCGCUUGGUGCGGCUGAACUGGGAACAGGGCAUCCACAAGUUCUUCAUCACGGACGACAAUUUCGCCCGCAACCGGGAAUGGGAAUCGAUCUUCGACCGGCUGAUAAAGCUGCGCGAGGAAGACGGCAUUCCGCUCGGCCUGAUGAUCCAGGUCGAUACACUGUGCCACAAGAUCGACGGGUUCGUCGAAAAAGCCAAGCGGGCCGGCGUCACACGCGUCUUCAUCGGGCUUGAGAACGUCAAUCCGGACAAUUUGAUCGCCGCCAAGAAACGCCAGAACAAGAUCACCGAGUACCGCAAGAUGCUGUUGGCCUGGAAAGCGCAGGGCAUCAUCACGCUCGCCGGCUACAUUCUGGGUUUUCCGGCCGACACGCCCGAGACGAUCCGGCGCGACAUCCGCAUCCUGCAGGAAGAAUUGCCGCUCGACAUCAUCGAGUUCUUCAACCUGACGCCGCUGCCCGGCUCCGAGGAUCACAAGGUCUUGUGGCAGAAAGGCGUCGACAUGGAUGCCGAUCUGAACGCCUACGAUCUGCACCAUGUGGUCACCGACCAUGGGAAGAUGAGCCGCGACGAGUGGCUCGCCAUCUACUAUGAGGCUUGGCGGCUCUAUUACACGCCCGAGCACAUGAAGACGCUGCUGCGGCGCGCGGCGGCGACAGGCGUGCCGAUUGCAAGUCUCGUCAAACUGCUCGUUCAGUUCGAAACGACGAUCCGCCUCGAGGACGUCCAUCCGCUGGAAUCGGGCAUUUUGCGCCUGCGCCACCCCAGCGAACGGCGUCCGGGACUGCCGCGCCAGAACGCGCUGGUGUUUUGGCCGCGCUUUGCCUGGGACACGGUGCGGACCCAUGUCCUGUUCGGCUUGGCGAUUGCCCGUGCGACGUUCUGGGCUGUGCGGAUCGCACGCGACCCCGAGGCCAAGAACUAUAGCGACACGGCGCUGACACCGGUGACCGAUGAGGAUGACGCACUCGAUCUCUACACCAAGACGACCGGCGGUAGCGAAGCGGUGGCCCAUUCGAAGAAAGUCGCCGAGCUGACCGGCCACGGCUGA